UGUAAAAUAAAGCAGAAGCAGAAGCAGAAGCAGGAAUCCAGAUGAGCUUUUCGUAUAAAAAGACAUUUAGCAGCAGCAGUGGAAACAUUCAGUCCAGCCUAGAGUCCAUUAUGAGGGGUCUGGUGUUCCUGCUCUUGGUGGCUUUGGCCAGCGCUAAAGUCUACGAGCGCUGUGAAUGGGCCCGACUGCUUAAAGCUAAUGGGAUGGACGGCUUCCGUGGCAACAGCCUAGCAGACUGGGUUUGUCUGAGCCAGUGGGAGUCGGGUUACAGCACCACAGUCACCAACCAUAACCGAGAUGGAUCAACUGACUACGGCAUCUUCCAGAUCAACAGCCGCUGGUGGUGUGAGGACGGCCACACUUCUCGCUCAGUGAACGCAUGCAGCAUCAGUUGCAGCAAGCUUCUGACUGAUGAUGUCAGCAAGGCGAUCAAUUGUGCCAAACGUGUCGUUAGGGAUCCCAACGGCAUCAGAGCCUGGGUGGCCUGGCGCCUUCACUGCGAGGGCCGUGACCUGAGCUCCUACGUGGCAGGAUGUGGUGUUUAAUCAACAAACCAGGGUGCUGUCAUCGACAUAAGUCUCCCAUCUUCUGCUGCAGUGCAUUAAAGCUUUUCUACUAUUGUAUGUUUGAUCUGACAAAAGUAAAACACAGUUACUGAAGUUAUAGACCAGUGGUUCCCAACUGGUGGGUCGCUAUCCAAAAGUGUGUCACAAGUCCAUUCUGAAUGGACCUCAAGAGAUGCUUAAAUGUUUCAAGUUUGAAAUAAAACACACUUUAUCAUGAAGUACAGCAAAUUUCCCAUUCAGAGCUUUUAUUUAGAAGUGUUGUUCCCUGCUGUAGAGUGAGUGAAUAACUGACAGCUACUUAAUAGAGACAGCAAACUAGCUUGGUGACAUGGCCGAAUGAAAAUAUGAUGCCGCCAAAUUAAUUAAUUGUGUGGACCUUGACCUAAUGACGAAGGAGAAAUCUGGACCCCCUGGCCGGACCAGUUGCGAACCAUUGCUUUAGACAACUCUUUUCAAAUCGCGAGAUUUCAAAUCUUUACUUUCAGUGUAUUUGUUUAUACUUGAUAUGAUGUAACAGAUCUGAUCAGUGAUGAGAAAUGUGGUGAUUUAAGCUUGUAUCUGUUGUAUUGCUCAUUUGAAAACCAGAUUAAAAUGCUGAUUUCCACUAAU